GCUCAGCCCUCCAAUCAAUCGCACAGACGCGGCGCGCGACGCGCUCGGAGAUGACGCUUCCAAAGACCCAGCGCAUAUAUCGACUCCACAACUGCGAAACCUCUUCUGCUGAUCAGCACGACCCUAAAAAAUGACAUAUCUGGGACCCUCUGAUAUUCUGCAUUCGGGAUUGUUGUCGUUGACCUAAACGUUUGCGCAGUUUGUAAAAGUUAAUUCUGAUUUGAAGAGCAAGUAUGAACGAGAAGAGGCGACCAGAGUUGCGGCGACUCUCUUUCGUGGGAUAAAAAUCGCUUGUGGAUUAAAACACGAAUUCAUGAGGAAUUUAGGAGACGGGGAGAACGAAGACCGGGCACAGCGCUUCCUCCUUCGGAACUGACUGAUCAUGGUCGCAGUGGUCCGCGCUUUCACGGUGCUGUUGCUCGGUCAGGUGUUACUGGGAGGUGCCGCUGGACUCAUUCCCGAGAUCGACCGACGGAAAUACGGUGAUCCGGGGAGACACGCGCCGGAGCGCACCAACACGAACUUCCUUAACGAGUUCGAGCUUCGCCUGCUCAAUAUGUUCGGACUGAAGCGGAGACCCACGCCGAGCAAAUCGGCCGUGGUCCCCCAGUACAUGCUGGACCUGUAUUACAUGCACACCGAGAGCGAUGACCCGCAAACCCGACGCCCGAGGAGCGCAAUGGGGAAGCACGCAGAACGCGCGGCGAGCAAAGCAAACACAAUCCGGAGCUUUCAUCACGAAGAGGCUUUGGAGGCACUGGCCAGCUUGAAGGGAAAAACAACGCAGCAGUUUUUCUUCAACCUCACCUCCGUUCCCGUCGAGGAGCUGAUCUCGGCCGCCGAGCUGCGGAUUUUCAGGGACCAGGUUCUUGACGACGCCUCCCCGGGCAACAGCAGCAGCACGGCGGGGGGCUUCCACCGAAUUAACAUUUACGAGGUGUUCAGGCCAGCCCUGGAGCCCUCCAAAGAACCCAUUACUAGACUUCUCGACACCCGCCUGGUGCAGGACUCUCACACGCGCUGGGAAAGCUUUGACGUGGGCUCCGCCGUGGCGCACUGGGCGGGCGACUCCAGGCACAACCACGGGCUUCUGGUGGAGGUGCUUCAUCCGGGGGACUCGGAGGCGGGAGAGGAGGUGCGGAGGAGGCACGUGAGGGUGAGCAGAUCCCUUCAUGGUGACAAGGACUCGUGGGCGCAGGCCCGGCCCCUGCUGGUGACCUACAGCCACGACGGUCAGGGCACCGCCGUCCUGCAUUCGAACAGGGAGAAGCGGCAGGCACGGCAAAGGCCGAAGCAGCGUCGGAAACAUCACCCGCGCACGAACUGCAGGCGGCACCCCCUUUAUGUGGACUUUAGUGACGUGGGCUGGAACGAGUGGAUCGUGGCGCCGCCCGGGUACCACGCGUUCUAUUGCCACGGCGAGUGUCCCUUUCCGCUGUCGGACCACCUCAACUCCACCAAUCACGCCAUCGUCCAGACGCUGGUGAACUCCGUCAAUUCCAACAUCCCCCGAGCCUGCUGCGUACCGACGGAACUCAGCCCCAUAUCUCUGCUCUACCUGGACGAGUAUGAGAAAGUCAUUUUGAAAAACUACCAGGACAUGGUGGUGGAGGGCUGCGGGUGCAGAUGAGAACGGAAUCUCCCCAAUGAAGACUUUUAUUUAUACGACAGAACUUAAAGAGCUAUUUUGGAGGAAGAAAAAUAUAUAUGAAUAUAUUUAUGUUGACCGAAAGAAAUGGGAAAAUAAAUAUUUUAAUGAGAGUGCUUGCUUUUCCAGUGGUUUCGAAGAGGUUUUUUGGUCCCAUGUACAUUUCAAAAGAAGUGCAAUAGCACAUGAAGUAUAAUGCUAAGAUUUUUAUGAUGUAUUUAUUGCAUAACCACUUUAUUUGUAAAUGAUGUGUAUUUAUCAUGAAAAAUAUAUGAUCUUCUUUCAGUGCAUCUGGGAAUACAUUAUUUGAAACCA